AUGUCUGACACAGAGCCAUUGACAUCGAAUGUCCGACCCGCCACGGACGCUUUAGUCACCAUUCGGAUAAUAAAGUCAUUCCCGUAUCGAAACGUGAAAAACUUGAUCAUAAAAGAUAUAGACUUGAAAUCAACUACUUCAAAGACUUUAUUUGAUCAAGUACUCAAAGAAAUAAACACCAUUGGAAGCUUGAGACCAUACAGAAAUGUACAGUAUGAUUCUUUAAAGAUAUACACCAAAGCGCAUGGUUCAAAAUCCAUGAAUUUAGUAAUAAACUUUGAAAAUGAUGACGAUUGGGUUAUUAUGAAGAGAGGGGCAGCCACUGCCGAGAAGUCGUUAUGGGACUGGGGUAUUCAGAAUGAAACCGAGAUUAGUAUUUUCAAUUGGGAUGCUUACAUCGAGUAUAAGAAGAAUCCGGAAGAAAAAUGGUAG